CCAUGCUGUCUUUUUAUGCAGGUUCAUGAGCUCAAGCAACUCGGGGGCAAGACUGCAAGCAAGGCCACGAAGCGGAUGCUGACGUAUCUGCUAACUGAUGAGCUAGCUGCACAGUUCUCGUGGAUCGGAAGAAAGGGAAAACUCAACUUUUCAGUUUUAAAGACUGCCACUGCAAUUACUGAUGCUGCAAAGAAGUUGCCAGGAGGUAAAGAUGCCAUCGAGGACUCGAUCAAGUCUUGGCUUCGGCACGCCCCUGAAAGGGCCAAGGGCCAAAGGUGCAAAGCACCUGAAGCGCACCAAAAUGAAGAGUCGGAUUGAGAGGCCUUGCAGAACUUCCGACGCUGGAACACUCAUCAGCAAGGAGCAGAGUGCCAGCGGGGAGUAGGAGGUCAAAACAGCUUUCCUUUGUGUGCGUCUGAGGUUUCGCGUGCAAACUUUAUAUAUAUCAGACCACAGCAGUUUCUUUUGAAGUUCAUUAUGCCAGGCCUCUUGUACGUGCAUUUGUUUUUUCUUUCAUACUUGCCUUUCACUGCCUGUGAACAUUGUUUCUGUGCUCUUGUGGAUUUGCACCGCAAUAUUUUUUCGCACAUCUGAUUUCAGGUGGAGUGACUUUUUUUUUUACUUUUAGUGUACAAGUUUUUGCUGUGCUUUUUUUCACAAAAAAAGUUUUUUUUAAGGAAGUUCCAUAUAGUGUGGUGCACCUUGCAGUGGUUAGCUACCCUUGGUAAUGUUGCAAUAAAACCACUGUGAUCCACUGUGCAUUCCAGCUGAGGUGUUGUUUUUGAAGUUGUCUUUAAUGACAAGUGAAAUACAUUUUAAUAGAAAAUUUAAAGAUUUUUGGUUUGAAUUUUUGUGAAGAAAUGUGUUCUUCCUUACACUUAGCAUAACAUUCGUCAAGGUUGUAAUGCUUGUAUGGCACUGUUUAUUCAUACUGUGAUAUUUUGAACAUGUCUAAGUUUAGACAAAGUGAAUGCUUUUGAAGGGGUUUGCUUGCCAUUUUUUUUAACAUGCUAUAGUGUCGCUUAUUUUUGAUAAGAUGUUACCAAAGAGGCUGCAUAUAGCAUGGUGUACCCUGCAGGGGUUAGCUACCCUUGGUAAUGUUGCAGUAAAACCACUGCGAUCCACUGUGCUUUCAGAAUAAGGUGUUGUUCUCGAAGUGGUCUUUGAUGACAUGUGUUACAUUUAAAAAAAAAAUUUGGUUUGAAUUUUUGUGAAGAAAUGUGUACUUCUGUGCAUUUGGCAUAAUGCAUGUCAAGGUUGUAACGCUUGUAUUACAUGUUUAUUCAUACUGUGAUAUUUUGAACAUGACUAAGUUCAGUUGGAGGGAAUAAUUUUGAAGGGGCUUGCUUGUCAUUUUUUCUUUACAAACUAUAGCAUUGUUUAUUUUUGGAAAAGAUGUUACCAAAGAAGCUGCAUAGAGUAUGUUGUAUGGUCGCGAUCCAUGUGCAGGCGAUUGUCAACUGCUUUGUACUGGCAGCACCGGACAAAAGCGGCCAUUUAUGCACAUUUUUUUUUAAUUCUCAGAGGCUUUGCGAACCAGGCGCAGAAGGGCAUCCGAUAACAAGAGUAAGCCGCCACUGCAUUACGUGCCAGGACAGAGUGAUCGACGAUCCCCUGUUUUCCUUCGCACGAAUCAUGACUACCUCGCAAGGACUGCAUGUUUACCCCUGCUAACAUCGUUGCAGUAUGAUCAUUGUGAUCAACUGCCUGUUCCUACUGUGUUUUUUUAUAAAGUUGUUUAGGUGUGUAGUUACACUUAAAAAGUGUUGCUUUUAAUUUUUGUGAAUAAAUCUGUUCCUCCUAA